GUCAGCAAAUGUGUGACCUCACUUCCACGCGCUCGUUACGAUGAACUGCACCGCCUCACGAAAACCUCCCUUUAUAACACAGAACGCCGUCCAACGUAAUUUGCUACAAUCCACGCCUUUACACACGCCAACGGUAAUCUCUGUUCAAUUAUGGUGCAGAAACGAGGCGCUCCUUUAUUUUGUGAAAACCUUGGAAGUACAAAAGACGAUUUGCGCUGCUGCUAUCCCGAUAGUCAGGAUGCUUCAACCUGCCGUUACAAUUUUAACAACCCCGACGUCCAUACGUUCAGCGGAGGGUGUGAUGAAACCGGAGACUGUCUUGGCGAUUGCCAGGAUGUAUCUGUCAUCUAUUCUUCAUUAACGCAAGACGAUGCACUCAAAGGAACCGGCAUCGCGCCUAUUCGUCGAUACUUGACUUGUGCCAAUGUGCCGAAUAUGGCUGGAUACCUCGACCAAGACGUCCUGACGCCUGAUAUACGAUCGCAAGUCGAAAGGUACAUACCUCGGAAUGCGACGGAACGGAGUCUGAAGGACAUCACUUUCGCGGUCACGGAGUGCUUAACAGCGACAUGCAGGAAUGCGAGGCACGGAAAUGCCUGUGAGGUGCAAUGUUCGGGAGUUAAUCUGCUUGUGAACAGCACAACACCUAGUCUUCACGGGAUUAAUCAGUGCCUGAACACGCUCUGUACAGGCGAGUAUGACUCUCUGCCUUUUGCAGAUGCAGAUGUAGUUGGUAUUGGAGUUUUUGCGUCAUACAUCAUGCAAUGUGCGUUUGUUGUGAUGCUGUUAUUCGGGCUCACAAGCUUUGAGCUAUUCAAGCACAAGAAUACCAAGCGCUGUUCGGACGGAGACGGUACCCCCAAUCAAGGGAAUGAGAAGUCCAAUUCGUCGGGCUCCAGAGACAACACUCCGGAGAAAGAGCAUAAAAAUGGAAUUAUAAGACACGCCCAAAACUCUCAGAGAGAGCAGAGCCACCAAGAGAAUUUCGAGACUUUUCUAGUUUCGUUCCACCAGGCACAGUGCUACUUCAGUGCUACCAUUCAAAUCGCGUCGCUCAGUUACGGCAUCUUCUCUACUGACAUGCUCAACACUUUCCUACUACUACCGUUGGCGACCAAUGGCAUACUACCCGUAGCAUUCGCUUACGUACUACUACUGCGAUGCCGCAAAGCCUCUAUGGACACUACACUGCUUACCAUAGCAUGCUGGCUUUUAGCUUCCUUGGUCUAUUGGACCCUAUACGCGCAUGUUAUCCCAAUCAACAGCACGAUUCGAGAUCCUAAAAGAAUAGACCGAGCAUACCAGCAAUUCAUGUAUAAGCUUAGUGCACUUGAUGCCUGUGGUGGGUAUUCGGCCCUAGCAGUUUGCCCGCACAACCUCAAACUGGGCGAAGAUGAGAUAAUCUCGGCAUCGUACAAAUUGCGUGUUCUCACACCUAUCAUCUGGACUUUCUCCACUAUAUGCCUUCUGGUUGCCUUGGGGGAAAAGCUCAAUAGAUGGCUGCAUCGGCCAUCUACCAACAAGGCGAAAAAUAGUAGUGUGGAGGAAGCUGCGCCCACUCAAACAACGACAACAACAACAACAACAACACAAAAACGUAAACCAGCCUCCCGCUCACUAUUUUCGAAUACCGUAUUCUAUGGCUGCAUAAUCCUUUGCUUCCUUGCCGGGAUCGGUAUGCAGCUUUCGCUGCUUUCAGUCUCGACUUCCCUCAAGAUGACAGACGCGAAUCAUUGGAGUUUCGGACAGAUUGUAGCAGUCACUAUCUGGGCACCUCCGUUGCUUGGAUACUUGUAUACCGAACUCAAGAUGAUGGUGCCAGCAAGGUUCAAAAGCGGUCGUACGUGAUCACCAUUGCUCUCCUUUUGAUUCUUGUGCCAUAUCAUAACGAGUACAGCCACUCACGAGGCGCAACAUGACGAGUUCGCUUUGAUAUCUGGUGCUAAUGCGGCAGACAAUGAAAACGUUUCG